ACCAGGCAACAUGGGUUGGCCUUUCCUUGGCGAAACCAUUGGCUAUUUGAAGCCAUACUCAGCCACCACAAUAGGAGAGUUCAUGGAGCAACACAUCUCAAGGUUUGGGAAAAUUUACAAGUCGAAUCUGUUUGGUGAGCCCACAGUAGUCUCAGCGGACGCUGGGCUCAACAGAUUCAUACUGCAAAAUGAAGGGAGAUUGUUUGAAUGCAGCUAUCCAAGAAGUAUAGGUGGGAUUCUGGGCAAGUGGUCUAUGUUGGUUUUAGUUGGAGACAUGCAUAGAGACAUGAGGAUUAUAUCUCUCAACUUCUUGAACAAUGCUAGGCUUAGGACCCAUCUCUUACCAGAUGUUGAGAAGCAUACCUUGCUGGUUCUCAACUCUUGGAAGGACAAUUCUCUGAUUUGUGCACAAGAUGAGUCAAAGAAGUUCACUUUCAAUUUAAUGGCAAAACAUAUCAUGAGCUUGGAUCCUGGAAAACCAGAGACUGAAGAACUUAAGAAAGAGUACAUCACUUUCAUGAAAGGAGUGGUUUCUGCUCCUUUGAAUUUCCCUGGAACUGCAUACAGAAAGGCCUUACAGUCUCGGUCAACGAUCCUUAAAUUCAUUGAGAGGAAGAUGGAACAGAAGAUUAGGGAAGUGAGAGACAGGAGAGAGAAUAUGGAGGAAGAUGAUCUUCUUGGAUGGGUCUUGAAGCACUCUGACCUUUCGAGGGAGCAAAUACUUGACUUAGUUUUAAGCUUACUCUUCGCUGGCCAUGAAACUUCCUCGGUAUCAAUAGCGUUAGCCAUUUACUUCUUGCAAGGUUGUCCUCUUGCUGUUCAUCAACUGAGAGAAGAACACACUGAAAUUGUCAAAUCCAAGAAGCAAUCAGGAGAGAUGGAACUGACUUGGGAUGACUACAAAAAAAUGGAAUUCACUCAAUGUGUUAUCAGUGAGACAUUAAGGCUUGGAAAUGUAGUGAGGUUUCUCCAUAGAAAAGCUAUCAAAGAUAUUCGGUACAAAGGUUAUGACAUUCCAUGUGGGUGGAAAGUGCUUCCGGUGAUCUCAGCCGUCCAUUUAGAUCCUUCUCUUUUUGACCAACCUCAACACUUCAAUCCAUGGAGAUGGCAGAAUACUCCUGGACCAUGUUCUGCUGGUGCAAGCAUGACAAGUAGUAAUAAUUUCAUGCCAUUCGGGGGAGGACCACGAUUCUGUGCAGGAUCAGAACUAGCGAAACUCGAGAUGGCUCUAUUCAUUCACCAUUUAGUCCUCAAAUAUCACUGGGAAUUAGCUGCUCCGGAUCAGGCUUUCGCCUUCCCAUUUGUCGACUUCCCCAGAGGCCUACCAAUAAGAGUCCAACACCACACUUUUAUAUAAUUAAGAGCAACGAUUUCCAUAAAAAUCACUUGCAAAAGAGACCUCAGUCUCAUUCUCAGCCUCGGCCAGCCUCAGCCUCUUUUUGGUGGAGAAACGGAACAAAGCCUGUAUUGUCUGAUGAACAUGGGUUUUCUUGGCUUUUUCCAACGGCCAGGUUUAUGUUUCUUUUGACUUUAUGUAAUAGCUCACAUGAACUGAGGGAUGACAUAAAGAAAGAGCAGUAUAAAGAUAGGACCACGUUUUUUUUUUUUUCUCUCUAUCCCCAUUUGUAAAUUUAAUUACAUACCUCCUUGGGCCCAGAGCUUGGGGUUUUCAGUAAUUAUUCAUUUGUAUGUGGUAUUUUUUUUAUGUAAUUUAUCGUGAUGAUCGAUUGAUCUUCAUUCAGUGGUAUGUUGUAGUUUACUUG